AUGGCUUGCGUCGAGAGUACAUUUCAACCCACCCUCCACGACGCCAUGGCCCUUCGUCGAGGCUCCAUCCAACGCAUGAGCAACAUCCCCUCAACAUCAAUCCUACGAACACAAGAAGAAGCCAAGCUCAUCAACUUCCGCAUCUACGAAUCCCAACCCAGCUCACCAAAGAUGCCCUCAAAGCAACACCAUCGUUCCUCUUUCGUCAAGCGGUGCUCUCAACUCGCCACCGGUCGCCGUACCUCCAUCACCUCAACAUCUCCCACAACACCACAACAAGCGCCAAACCUCGUUCAAUGGGUCCAACGACUCCCCUCAACCCCCUCGGGCUACGAAGACUUCCUAGAAUCCGCGCUGGAAGAAGCUGUCGGCCAGCUCGUCUACGGGCCUAAUGCCGCCGCCGAGGAGUUCGAAUUGGGAUACAAUUACGAUACUCUCGAAGAUGCUGCGCCGGAGGCCUGGGUGAGGGUGCAGGCGCAGAGGAUCGAGGCGCAGGGGAAGCAGUGGAUUGCUGCGUCGAUCCAGUCGAAAGGGACGGAGGGCGUGAGGCCGGAGGUCUAUGCGUAUGGGAGGUGGGUUUUGGUUAAGACGAGGAGGCAUUGA